AUGCAGCUGGCUGACGGGGGGCAGACUCAGCUUCUGACUCCAGACUGGGACACCCUACAAAAUUUGAAACAGCUGGAAGAGACGGCUGCCCAGAACAUCUCUCAAAUUUCCAAGGACUUGCAAAGACACCAGCAUAAUGAGAUGGACCAGAAAUCCCAGGCUGCCCAGAUUUUGCAGAACAUGGAGGAACUCCAAGCUGAACAGAAGAGAAUGAAAUCUCAGGACUCUGAGCUAUCCUGGAACCUGGAUGGACUCCAAGCAGAUCUGAACAACCUCAAAUCCCAAGGUUUAAACCAGAGGCCAGAAGCCUCAGACAUGCUGGAGAGACUCCAGGAGGAGGUGGCGAGACUUUGGAUGGAGCUGAAGCUGUCACAGGGCACCACAUGCAAGACGUGCCCCAAGAAGUGGGUCCACUUCCAGCAGAAGUGCUACUACUUUGGGGAGGGUGCCAAGAAGUGGCUCCACGCACAGUAUGCCUGCGACGCCGUGCGAGGAUGCCUUGUCAGCAUCCACAGCCCGGAGGAGCAGGUGGUUCUGUCCUGCCCCCGGGACUUCCUGACCAAACGUGCCAAUUGGAAGGGCUCCUGGAUUGGCCUCCAGGACCUGGACAGGGAGGGGCAGUUUACCUGGAUGGACGGGAGCCCUGUGGGCUACAGCAACUGGUACCCUGGGGAACCCAACAACCAGGGCCAGGGUGAGGACUGCGUUAUGAUGAGGGGCUCGGCCCUGAACAAUGCUGCCUGCCAGAGCAGGCUGGUUGCCUGGGUGUGUGACCAGCUGGCCACAUGUGGGCCGCCUGCCACCUUGGUCCCUGCAGGGGGGAACUUCUCCAAGCCCUGAAACUUGAUAGCCACCUGCCUGCCCCUCUGUAGUCCUCUCUCCCACCCUUCGUGAACAUGGAAACAGCCAGGCCCAGAGUGGAACUCUGAGGACCCUCAGCCAAGGCCUGAACACCUCCAUGGCUGAAGGGACACUGUGAUAAUUUCACCCACCCCCAGCUCCUCUGCAGCCCCUGCCUUGUUGGACUGCUUCCCCAGAUGCAGCCCUACAGGACAGAGACCCCAGCCCAGGCGGCAAGAACUCCUGCCCAGCCUGCAUUAAUUAAAUGGGGUUGCAAGGCCCCCACACCCUGGUCCCCUCCUGAGGCCUGGCUGGGUCGGGUCUGGUCUCUAGGUGCAACAUGUGGCAGCUGGGAAUUCCAGAGCCUGGUGUCUAGACCACCUUUAACUACUGUGAGCCAGCAAAGUGCAAUCCAUACCUUCUCCACCAUUUGCAUUCUUUUCCUACUUCAUUACAAGAAGAAUGUACUAGGUGCAGCUUGGAAAUGAAGAUCUGGGGCCAAACAGGCCCCCUGAAAAUACUGCAGGAAAAGGCAGUGGACUGCCCUGCACUGAGUUCCUCAGCCUAGGGCAGCAGGGGUGGGGGUGGGGUUGACACAUGGCAGGUAUCCAGAACAGGGCCUGUACACAGAAAAGAGCCCAGUAAAUGCUGGGCAGCUAGA